AUGAACAAGGUAGACCUCCAAGACUUCAAGCAAAAACUUCAGUUCAAGGAUCCUACUGAACCCGAAGAACUAUAUCUUGACAACAAAAAGAUCAUGACGAUCAGUAACAUUAUUAGUUCCGAUCAAUCAGAUUUUACACCUCUUACCGAGUUGAUUAAUUUAAAGUCGCUUUCAAUGAAUCGUACUCACUUACAUUCAUUAGAAGGGUUUCCUACAUUGCCAAAGUUGAGAAGGCUUGCUUUAUCAGACAACAAACUUACAGGUGGUUUAGAGGCGUUUGUAAAUGCUAAGCUUGAAAAGUUAAUUCACCUUGAUUUAAGCGAUUCCGAGGAAGAAAACGAAGAAAACCAAGAGGCUGAAAUAAGUGAGGAAGCUAUAUCGGACGAAGCGGGCAGCGAGUCAGAUCAAGAUAUAGAAGCAAAUGAUGAAGUGUCUGAUAAUGAAGAAGAAUUGGAAGCGAGCGAGAUAGAAGCCGACACAAAUAUCGCACCAAAACCACGUAAUAAAGGAAAACAAGUGGCAUUUCCACCAGACCUUGAUGAUAAGACAGAGUCCGAGAGUGAAUCGGAAUAUGAAUCUGGUGAAGAAGGUCCAGGAAUAGAUUAUUUACUUGAACCGAAUCUUCCGGAAGAUACUGAUGAAGAAGAUUUUCAACCUGAUGAAGAAGAUGAUGACGAGGAGAGUGAUCAACUGGACGAGGCAAGCGACGUAGAUCCAGCCGAACUUCCUACCACUAGUGCGGCAGGAGCAGCAUUUGAAGCAAGAGCAGCAGCUUCAUCUACAUCAAAACGAAAAAGUUUUGACGAAGGAUCGGAAUCUAAUGUUACCCAAAAGAGAUUAAACAAUGACGAUGAUGAAACGAUACAAAUUAAAAAACGACGUGUUUAA